UGAUAAUUAAAACCAGUAAUUAGUUUGAGUUAUAGAAAUACAUUCCAUGUGACCGUCUUAUAGCUUAUCUUUAGUCCUACAACCCACUGACAUAAACAUGUGGCCGUGACACGUGUGACUUUAUCGGCAAAUAUUCGUGACACAUCAGGAGAAAGCCAACAGUUCAUAAUGUCCCAUCUACAGAAUCCAUGGCUGCUGUUUUUCAUCGGAGUAACUGCUCUCCACCAAAUCACUGACGCCACGUGGUGCUAUGUCUGUGACAACACAGGUGAUGGCACCACGUGUUUGUCCAUAAUCAAGUGCCCCGAUCAUCAGAUGUGCUAUCUACAAAAGUACAUAACGUCGAAGGGCCAGACCAGCUACCGAUCCGGUUGCCAGAACAAAACUAUAUGCAAUUCCUAUUCCAAACGGAAGGCCGCCAUCGGUUUAGACCCUGUUGUCUGCGAGGCCUGCUGUGACAAGGACAGAUGCAACGCCCGUCUUUGUGGCGGCAAAUCAACCACUUUCCCAACUACCGUGUGUUACGCAUGCCCGGCGACCUCUGAUCCCACGCAGUGUAAGGCAGCUAUGCAUUGCCAACGCGACGGAAAAUGUCUUGAAUACAGCUACCAUGUCCCUCAGACUAACCAACUCAUGUACUACCAGGGUUGUUCAUCUAAGCAGCGUUGCGAAGCGCUGGCUCAAGUGGCCGCCACCUCCCAUGCCCACCAAAGCGGCUUCCUGUUUCAACACGUGGCUUGGUACAACACCACUUGCUGUGACCGCUACAUGUGUAACGACGGCAGGGCAGUGAUGGCGGCAGCAGCAACGACACCUUCAACGUAGAACAUGAUGUUACUAUUAUCUUCCUGUCACUGAGCCUCGUUAAUCAAGAUAAUGCCAAAUUCGUCUGGAAAAAACAUUUAUGUCUCGAUUAAGGCUAUAUUUCACAAUAAACAAAUAAUUGAAAUUAAUGUAGGGGUGAGGAGUUCGAGUUAUGUUUGUCUGGAUUAACGAGGUUGCAGUGUAUUUGGUUAAACAAAUGGGUCACUGAAAUAAAUAUUGAUCUAACUUGA